ACGAGGACAACACUGUUUUUACGGUAUGUUUGCAAGUUAUUUGAGAAUUUCACCGAUGAGGAGACAGAUAUUUGACAUUUGGUGCCUGAAAAUCUGAAAUAGUUUUUUGCCGCGUCAAGAUUCAGAAUGCCUCGCAAAAAGUUGAAGGUAGCUGAGCCAUUGCAAGAUGCCCCUGCAUCACAGCCACAACCGGCAACAAACUUGCCUACAACUCAGUCUUCUACAAAUUCCUCAAACUCUGGGGCAACUCAGGCCAGUGGAGACAAGGCAAGCAUGGCAGAAAAGUUCAUCUCCUUGAUGGAGGAGAUGGUUGAAGAACUGGACAAGCUGAAGUUUGGUGAUCCAGUGAGUUAUAUCUACAAUCCUGUGGUGUAUGCAAAGGAGACGCACGACUGCUUCAUCAGAAAGUAUGGCAACUCAACCAAGUCGGUGCUCUUCCUGGGAAUGAAUCCUGGCCCAUUUGGGAUGGCGCAAAAUGGGGUGCCAUUUGGAGAAACCAACUAUGUUAAAGACUGGAUGAAGAUUACAGGAAACGUUGGCAAACCACCAAAGGAACACCCCAAGCGAAUCAUUGUUGGACUUGAUUGUAACCGAAGUGAGGUCAGUGGACAGCGCUUCUGGAAACUGUGGCAGGAUUUGUGUGGCACUCCGGAGAACUUCUUCAAGGAGUGUUUUGUGUACAACCACUGUCCUCUUGUGUUUAUGACGUCGACAAGCAAGAAUAUCACCCCUCCGUCCAUGAAGAUCGAGAUGCGUAAUCCUCUGAUUGAGGUCUGUGACGACUUCCUGUGUAGGCUGAUCAAACUGCUGGAGGUGAAGGUGGUGGUGGGGAUUGGGAAGUUUGCAGAGGAUAGAACCAAGAAGGCCCUGGAGAAGGGAGGGGUGGAAGGGGUGAGGGUCGUCAGCAUGAUGCAUCCCAGUCCUAUCAACCCGGCUGCCAAUAAGGGAUGGCAAGCAAUUGCUGAAAAGACCUUGAAAGAUCUUGAUCUCAUGAAGUAUCUAAGUAAAUAGAGGCCAGUUUACACUUAAUAUCAAAGUGGAUAUUGUCAGAAGUGAUUUUUUGCCAGAUAUGUUUUUUAACAAAGAGGGAAAGUGUUUUGAGCUAUUCCAGUAAAACCUCAAUACACGCUGCAAAGUAAAACAUGAAAUUUAUUAUUCAGGGUCUACCAGUAUAAUCAAUGGUGCCAAAUGAAGACACUGCUAAAUGACCAACUCAAGUUUUGAUUUUAUCUUUCAUGCAAUAUUUUUUGUAUUACUGUAUGUGUGAUUGGCUGACUGGCAUCCAAAUUUGUUUGUCAUCGUUAUAACGAGUUAAAAUAAUUGUAAUUUGUGUGAAUCAACUGUAUCGUGUACAUUCUUUAUGAAUUUAAAUCAUCUGUUGUGUAACAUAUUAAUAGUAGUAGAAGGAUUAGAAGUAUUGAAGUAGCUUUACUUUAGAUGUUGAUAUUGUUGCAUCACUUUGUAAGAAGCCUUUAGCCCGACAGCAGUACACGUUUUCACUUUAAAUUGUAAGCCUUAUCUCAUGCAUAGGGCUCAAUGUGUUAGAUUGUGGAGGCAAAUGUCAUCCUGUGACCUGCUUCAGAAUCUAUUGCAAAAAGAUCCUAAUACCUCAGUCACAUUUCCCCUACGGCAAGAUGGAAAUAGCCGUUUUAACAUUUUUUUGUACCAGCUACAUACAGGUGGUUUGAAUAAAAGUGAAUAAAACUGCCGCUUUCGCCAUAUGGCCACCGUGGGGGUAAGGUGACUGCAGCAUAAGGCAGUAUUAUAGGAAAAGCAUUUUCUACAAGUUUUUUAAACUAUUACUUUUCAUCUUGGCCUGCAACAUGCAAAGAGGAAUUACAUUGUUCAUAAAAUGUGUGAAAAUAUUAAGUCAUCUCUGAAAUAUUAAUAAUGAUAAUAAUGCAUGAAAUUUGUAUAGCGCACUUUCCAUCUUGAUUAGAUGCUCAGGCGCUUCAAAGCCGAACAAUAACGAAAGCUAUUUACAUAUAAUACAUGUCUGAACAAUAUGUAUAUCAAAGAGCAGACCAAGAGAACACUAUAACAGGUGGUCACUGAAGUUUGGGUUUUCAAACUGUGUGGAAGAGAAUUCCAAGCAGAUUAGGCCCUACACGAGCAAAGGUCUGUUGCCCGCAUGAUUUCGUGUUUAAUACCUGGUAAUAUAACCAACUUUGGUCAUAUUGUGUUGCUUGCCUUAGCAGAACAUUUCACCAAUGAUCUCUUUGUUGACCACAUUUGUUUAUUUGACUUGAAAGUUGAAACACAUAGAAAGAAAGCAUGCUCCGAUCUGAAAAAAAUACCCCCAAUUUAUUUGAAUUGUAGAAGAAGACUUAACUGUGUCAGAUUUUAACAUUUUGGGUCAUGAUAUCAUCAUGGUAAAUAGAAUGUACACAAGUACAAAUAACAAAAUAAGUAGACUUAAACAUUAUGUUGACAUCAUUUAAUUAUUACUUUUUUUUUUACUUUUUGGCAAAUCCAGUUUCACAAAUAAUGAAAAAAUGUAAUAUUAUGGAAUGUUUUCAUAGCACUCCGAAGCUGAGGAGGUGGGGGGGGGGUGGAAGGGGGGCACUCAACUGUUGAAGUGGUAGGUAUGUUUGGAAUGGAUCAAUGGGGCCAGGGCAUGAAAAAGAUUUUGCUCAAAAGGAGAAAAUACUAUUACAUGCAUUGGAAUCAAAAUCUGAGUGGAAAUAUGAAGAGUGCCCCUAAUGACAUCCCCUCUGGCUUCAUUACAAAUAAAUAUUUAUCUUAUUUACACUUGACUCCACAACUUCAACCAUUUGUCUGUAUUUAAUACAAUAGUUGUUAGGUUAUGCAGGACCCGCUGGUGAAGCAUUAAUAUAGUUAUUAAUAUAGUUAAUAUAGUUACUGAAGGUUACCUAAAUCACUUGGAAAACUAGUAUAUUUCAGAGACCAAAGACACAAUUCUUUUACAUAUAAAUUCUUUGUUUUAUCUUCCACUGUAAUCAGUGUGAAAUGUGUUACUAAUUUACUAUAUUAAAGCAUUGUACGUGAAUGGAGCGACACUUUACUCCAUGUAAUCAAUGAUUUACACAGGUUUGGAUAAUUUUUUAAAAUAUCAAUGGAAGUAUUAUCAAACAUUUUCUUAGACAAGACCCAUUAGUCUAGUUAUACACUUGAUAAUUAUGUAAGCCUCCGCUAAGAUAAUUUGCACACUGUAAGGAAAGAAAACUGUUGCAGGAAUAUUACAGUUCCAUUUUUUUUUACCACUCUGGGUCUAUUCAAAUUUUAUCACGAGUUCAACUCUAGAUACAUUCAUCGAUGGAAGAGAUGAUAUGUAUAGGCCCG